UUCUUAUCCAUUUACAAAAUCUGCUCUAGGCAGGACUGCCAUUUAGCUCUGGAAAAUUAUUAACUCAUCAAAGGCUAUUUAUCCACAGUAGUUUUGCUGUGAUCUCACAGCACAAGAAGAUUCAAAUUGGCUGUCCGCUGGAUUUUUAAAAUGCAGGCUGUAGGUUAUGGCUGCUUUCUUAUAUUAUGGAUCUGUUUUUCUGCAGUGGCCAAGGCACAGAAUGGUUGUCCUGGCAGUUCAAUACCCAAAAAUCAAAAUAAUGAACAACCCUCCGACAUAAAAGAUAUCUAUGCAAGUGGAGAGGCAUUGAGGUUGUCUUGCCAAGCUGGCUAUGCUGGAUUCCUGAGAAUAAUUUGCACCAAUGGUGAUUGGGAAAUAAGUGGAAGACGCAGAUGUGACCCAAAGCAGUGUGGUCACCCAGGUGAUACACCACAUGGCAACUUCAUGCUUACAAGGGGAGAAGAUUUUGUAUUUGGAUCUCAAGUUGAAUAUACCUGCAAAAAAGGAUACAUAUUGGCUGGAAAGGUAAAUCACCGCAGUUGCAUGGAUCAAGGAUGGGAUAAUGCCAUUCCCAUUUGUGAAGUGGUGAAAUGUAGACCAGUACAAGCAACUGGAGACUUGAUUGCCUCUGGAAAUACUGAGAGCCCUCAAUAUGGCGAUAUAAUACAAUUUGAAUGCCGAACAGAUGAAAAAAAAAUUGAUGGGGAGAAACAAAUUCACUGUACUGAUACCGGUGAAUGGAGUGCAAGUAUUCCACAAUGUGAAGAGAUAACAUGUAAAGUACCAGUUAUACAAAAUGGUUGGGUCACAAACCAAAAGGCAAUUUAUAAGAAAGAUGAUGUCUUAUCAUUUGCUUGUGCUGAACGCUAUACACCUGUGGGAAGACCUUCCACGUGCACUUACCAUGACUGGAGGCCAAAACCACAAUGUGAAGAAAAAGUUUGUAGAGUGGAUCCAUUAUCAGAUAUUCAGCCCAAAACCAGAGCAGUAUUUUAUCCUGAAGAAAGUGCUAGAAUAGUUUGUAAGGAAUCUUAUAGAACACAGACAAAGAAGCAACAAGAUACAGUGACCUGCGGAGAUAAUGGAUGGUCUUUCAGCACAUUUUGUGAAGAAAUUUCCUGUGGUUUUACACCAGAAGAUAAUGUGGCGUGGCUUGGUUAUGGUCAUUCUGUUCGUCACAAAUCAACGGCACCAUAUUACACCUGCAAAAAUGGAUUCAGAAAAUCGAGUCGCUCUACUUGUGAAAUUACGGGAUGGGAGCCCCCGGUGUGUCAAGCAAUAACAUGUGAUCCAAAGAUCCCUAAUGCUAUCAUUCUGAGUGGAAUUAAAAAAUACACAUUGGGUGAGCGUCUGGAUUAUGAAUGUGAACUAUUUCACGAACCAAAAGGAAAGCAAGAAACGUUCUGUAGGGAGAGUGGCUGGGAAAAAAAGCCCGACUGUAAAGCAAUAAAAGGUUUUUGCCAAAGACCUGUUCUUGAGAAUGGAUAUCUCAUCCCAGACAAAAGCAGUUCUUCUGUCAUUCAUUACGGUUGCAUUCCUGGUUAUAAACCCUCAGUGGAUGGUUGGUGGGGGGAAUUGACCUGCACGAAUAGUGUAUGGUCUGACAAUCCAAAGUGCAUUGGUGAAAAUGAAUGUGUUCCUCCAACAACUCCAAAAAAUGCAAUACUGAAAGAAAGAAAAGAUGUGUAUUCAAAUGGUGAAUUUUUGACAUAUGAAUGUGAUGAUGGAUACAAAAUGGAAAGCAAUGAUCGGAUAAAAUGUGUGAAUGGGAGUUGGGAGUUGGCACUGCCAAUAUGCAAACCAUCUGAUAAAAUGUGUAAUCCUCCCCCACGUGUUGAAUAUGCGACAAUUACAUCGAAAUAUAAGACGAAAUAUGCUCAUCUAUCUAAAGUGGAAUUUCAGUGUACAGAAUUGUAUGAAAUUGAGGGGAACAGAGAAGUCACCUGCAGACAUGGAACAUGGAGCGCUGUCCCAAAAUGCAUUCGGUCAAAAUGCUCAAGCCCAGAGGACAAGGUCAACAAUGCAGUGCUUGUACAUAAGAAAGAAGGACCAUAUGAAAAUGGAGCAAAGGUGGACUAUGAAUGUGAAGACACGUUUAUCCCUGGAGAUGAAACUAAAGCAAUAUGUAUAAAUGGACAAUGGAAGUAUCCACAUUGCACAAAAAAAGAUUACUGUGAAAAACCUGACCUGCCACAUGGAUAUGUGGAGUCCCCCAAAAAAACAUACAUGGAAGGCGAAAUGCUGGAAUAUAGAUGCUACAGUCCAUGUGAACCCAAAACUAACAAAAGUAUCACUUGUAAAAAUGGACAAUGGGAUGGCCAGGUGGAAUGUAUAUGUCCACAGAAAACGUGUCCGAAGCCACCAGUCCCGGAAAAUGGAGAUAUUAUAUCAACAGAAGUGGAAAACGGAGAGACUGUAGUUACGUAUCAAUGUAAACUCCAGUAUAAACUUAAAGAUGAGAGAAAAGUAAGAUGCCACGAGGGGGAAUGGGAACCAUUUCCAGUUUGUAUAGUACAGAAAAGAAGAAACAAACAAAACCAACAUGAUAAAUAAAAAGAAAAGAAAGAGAAAGAAGAAAAAUGAAAGGAAAAAGUGGAAAAGGAAGAAAAACAGGAACUAGACAAAGUUAAAGAAGAUUCUCCUAUCUGUCACAAUACAGUCAGGUCCAUAAAUAUUUGGACAUUGACAAAGUUAUCGUUAUUUUAGCUGUCUAACACAGCAUAUUGGAGUUGAAAUUAAAUAAUGAAUAUGAUCUCAAAUGCAGACCUUCAGCUUCAACUUUGAACAGUGUAGGAAUUACAUCACUUUUUAUAUGUGGUCUCCCCCUUUUUAAGGGACCAAAGGUAAUUGGACAAUUGGCUGCUCAGCUUUUCCAUGGCCAGGUGUGUGUUAUUCCCUCAUUAUUUCAUUUACAAGUCAGCAGAUAAAAGGUAUAGAAUUUAUUUCAAGCGUGGCAUUUGCAUUUGGAAUCUGUUGCUGUUAACUCUCAAUAUGAAGUCCAAAGAGCUGUCACUGUCGGUGAAGCAAGCCAUCAUUAGGCUGAAAAAAAACAAAGAACCCAUCAGGGAUAUAGCAAAAACAUUAGGUGUGGCCAAAUCAACUAUUUGGUACAUUUUUAAAAAGAAAGAGCGCACUGGUGAGCUCAGGAACACCAAAAGGCCCGGAAGACCACGGAAAACAACUGUGGUGGAUGACAGAAAAAUACUUUCCCUGGUGAAGAAAAACCCCUUCACAACAGUUGGCCAGAUCAAGAACACCCUCCAAGAGGUAGGCGUAUCAGUGUCAAAGUCAACAAUCAAGAGAAGACUUCACCAGAGUAAAUACAGAGGGUUUACCACAAGAUGUAAACUAUUGGUAAGCCUCAAAAACAGGAAGAUUAGAGUUUGCCAAAAAAAAAAAAAACAUCUAGAAAAGUCUGUACAGUUCUGGAACAACAUCCUAUGGACAGAUGAGACAACGGUCAACUUGUACCAGAAUGAUGGGAAGAGAUGAGUAUGGAGAAGGGAAGGAACUGCUCAUUAUCCAAAGCAUACCACCUCAUCUGUGAAGUAUGGUGGAGGUAGUGUUAUGGCGUGGGCAUGUAUGGCUGUCACUGGAACUGGUUCCCAGUGGCGGACUCAGGCUGUUUGAAGGGCAGGGGCGAAAAAAUAAAAAGGGCACCUACUGCACGACAUGGUGCCCCACCAGCACGCCUAAAGCUAUGAUGCACCGUGGUUUCUCACUUGGAAGGGCAUCUAAGAGGGCACUUCAUGAGUUUUUUUCAUCAGAAAGGCACCUGUAGGGAACGUCCCUAGAGGGCACUCAAUCAUUUUUUUCCCAUGCGAAGGGCAGCCAAUAAGGCACUUCCUCUCAUUUUCGCCACUCUAGAGGGCACUUUAGCGACGCUUUUUCAACCAUGGGGGCACCAUGGGUUCUUGUUAUCCCCUCCUUUUUUGUUUUGAUUGUUCUUUGAGUUCACCUGUGUCUUGUUACCCCUGUCUAUUUAAGUUCUUUGUCCUCUUGACUCGAGUGCUGGUUCUUUGUGUUUGUUUCCUACUUGUGUUUGUUCUGGCCGUUUGUUCCUGCCCGUGGCUUUGGCUUGCUUGUGCUUCUGCCAUUUGUUUUCUGUUCUUGUGAAGUUCUGUUUUUGUAUUCUUUUAGUUUAUAUGCCCCUUGUGGCUCUUUGUUUGUUCAGUUUUUGUUAGUAAAGUCUUAUUUGUAUCUACAUUUUCGUGUUUGUUCCCACUCCGCGCCUGGGUCCUAGCCCCCGUAACAUGACAGUUUCCACAGUUUUUAGGGCUUGGGGUUAAAUUGACAGCACCUGAGGUGGCAAAUAUAACUUUGCACUUGCAGUUACCUAAAAAAGCGAUGAUGAGACAGAUUGUAUUUUGUCACCUGUGUAUAUAUACAUAAACACACAUACACAUUCAUAGAUAUACAUACACACAUGCAUACAUAUGCACAUACACAUAUAUACAUCAUUUUCCUUUUUCUCUUCCCCUCUCCUCCCUUUACCUACUAUUUUUUUUUUUUUUUUUAAAGCAAGCCAAUACUUCCAGCACACAGUGUAUGUGCCAAAUGCAAACAAACAGCAGUUUGAUUUUCACAGGGCUUCAGACGGCAAUGGAAGUAUAGCCGAGCUAACACAAACGAAUGAAUAAAACAAAGAGGAAAAACAUAAAUAAUAAGCAGUUCAAUCUUUCACAAUAUUAUUACUGUCAUUAUUCAUCAAUCUGAUCCUCAUAAACUUUAGUGCCUAUUUUACUAGCUAAAAGUAUUAGGCUACCUGGGGUUUUAAAAACUUAAGGUAGGUAAGAUUUCAGUCAAUUUAAUUACCCCUCCACCUCAUUCACACCUCUCCAACUCCCACUUUGCAAAAUGAUUGGAAAGACUUCCAAUAAUUUGUUUAAAUGUAAUUAUAGCCAAAGGAGGCCAUUUUGAGGAAAGUAGUGUCUAAGAUUAUUUUUUAAGUAAAAGUCAUCUUUUUGUGUUAUUGUAGGUGGAAAAUGAAAAAAAAUGUUUGUACUUUGGUUUGUUAUUGCAUACUGUAUAUUAACUGAAUUCUUCUUUCCCUGAAGUUUUUUUUUUUUUUUACUGUAGUUGGUCUAAUAAUUUUGGCCUGUACUGUACAUUCAUGCUUGGAGAGGUUGAUGCUGCUCAAUAUAUCUGCUCUGAAUCUAGCAUCGCUAAGGGAAGUUUGAGAAACCCUGGAGCUGAAGAACAGUAGUCUGCGAGCAAACAAUAGUUUUGUAGAAGAACAACAACAUAUUGUGAUUUUGGCAAACAAAAUCUAAUGGGUACCUUCUCUUUUCCUUUAGGUCCUUGUGUGAUAGAAAAAAUACAUCCAAAAUAUAAUCUCAGGGAUCUAAAAGAAAGGAUAUAUGUGUUAGAGGGG